AUGGAGAUUGAAAAUGCCACAAGCCAGGAUAAGCAGCUUACGGAGGUGGUAGAUGCUCUGGAAACGGACGUUUGGCCAGCGCAUCUAAAGCAAUUUCAAGUGCUAGGCAGCGACUUGACCAUGCGCGAUGGAAUGCUGAGCAAAAUGGGUUGUGCAGUGAUACCCGAAUGCCUACGCCAGAAAACCCUGGCGGUUGCUCACGAGGGCCAUCCAUCGACAGCAAAAUUUAAGAGCAUUUUGAGAGAGCGUGUUUGGUGGCCCGGUAUGACGAAGGAUGCAGAGGCAUGGGUGACAUCAUGUGCCGUUUGUGCAAUCAACGGCAGGCCCGAACGGCCCACUCCCAUGGCUCGAGUUUUCACACCAAAAGCGGUGUGGGAGACCAUUGGCUUGGAAUUCAACGGCCCCUAUGCGAAAUUCGGAGGUAUCUCGAUUCUAGUCAUUGUGGAUUAUCGUUCUAGAUAUGUGAUCGCCAAGCCCGUGAGAUCUACGAGCUUCGAGCAUACCCGAAAAUUUUUGGAAGAAGUCUUUGAGAAGGAAGGCUAUCCGAAGAACAUGAAAUCGGACAAUGGCCCCCCCCUUUAA